UCUUCCCCUCAAGCUGUCAAAGCAUUUAUCAAGCGACUUCCUUGCUCAUGGGACGGACGGAUGGAUCAAAGAUGGCUCACAGAUUUGCACAUAACAUCAAUCACGUCCCAUUCAUUUAAAUAAUACUGAGAGUGAAUUAAAGGACUUACCCGGUGCCAUAAGUGAGGCGUCGGGACAAAAAGCCGCCCGAGGCUUUUCGCACACUUCCGUGUGUUUUCGCAUUUGUCCCACUUCUCUCUCGGGUUAGCUCGCUAACGUUACUACUAGCCAGCUAACGUUAGCUGUUUGUAAAUAUUAUUCUUGAUAAAAUGGCCACCAUGGAGAAAUUGAUGAGGGCCUUCGAGUCCCUGAAGUCAUUUCAGCAGCAACAACAGGGACAGCCGUCGGCCGAUGAGCUUGUGCAGAAACAGAAGAAGGAGCUCGCCACCACCAAGAAGGACCGCGUGACGCACUGCCUGACCAUCUGCGAGAACAUCGUGGCGCAGUCUCUGAGGACCUCCCCGGAGUUUCAGAAACUGCUGGGAAUCGCCAUGGAGAUGUUCCUGCUGUGCGGCGACGACGCGGAGUCCGACGUCCGGAUGGUGGCCGACGAGUGCCUCAACAGGGUCAUCAAAGCCCUGAUGGACUCCAACCUGCCGCGGCUGCAGCUGGAGCUGUACAAAGAGAUCAAAAAGAACGGCGCGGCGCGGAGCCUUCGCGCCGCCCUGUGGCGCUUCGCCGAGCUCUGCCACCUGGUGCGGCCUCAGAAGUGCAGGCCCUACCUGGUGAACCUGCUCCCCUGUCUGACCCGGAUCAGUAAGCGGCCUGAGGAGGCGGUGCAGGAGACCCUCGCCGCCGCCCUCCCCAAAAUCAUGGCCCCCCUCGGGCGCUUCGCCAACGACGGCGAGAUCAAGACGCUGCUGAAGGCCUUCGUGGGGAACCUGAAGUCCGGCUCGUCCACCAUUCGCCGCACGGCGGCCAGCGCGGCGGUCAGCGUGUGCCAGAACGCCCGCCGGACGCAGUACUUCUACACCUGGCUGCUCAGCGUGCUGCUGGGGCUGCUGGUACCGGUGGACGAGGGGCGCUCCAGCCCGCUGGUUUUGGGGGUGCUGCUGACGCUGCGGUACCUGAUGCCCCUCCUGCAGCAGCAGGGCGGGGACGGCGGCCUGAAGGGCAGUUUCGGGGAGACACGCGAGGAGGCCGACGUCGCCCCCACACGCCAGCAGCUCAUGCAGGUGUACGCUCUCACGCUGCACUACAUGCAGCACCGCGAUCACAACGUGGUGACGGCGGCUCUGGAGCUGCUGCAGCAGGUGUUCCGCACGCCCCCCCCCCGCCUCCUGCGCGCCCUCACCACGCCCGGCGGCGUGCCCAACGCCAGCGUGACCCGCCAGGACGGCAGGGGCGGCGUCGCCGAGCUCAUCGCCGGGGGCUCCUCCUGCAGUCCGCUGCUCCUCAGGAAACAGAAAGGGGAGGAGGAGGGGCUAGAAGAUGACAUGGAGAGGUCAGAGGUCACUGCCGGGGCCUUCACAGCCUCUGGGGCCGCGCCGUCGGUGGACAUCAUCACAGAGCAGCCACGCCCCUCACCGUGCGGCCUGCAGCCGGAGGAGCCCGCCGAGCAGAGCGGGGGCGGCGGGGGCGCGGGCGAGGAAGAGGAGCAGGGGGAGGAAGAGGAGGAGAAGGAGGAGGAGGAGGAGGAGGAAGAGGAAGAGGAGAACACGCUGAGCCGCGGUUCCAGCCAGGCCGCCGGCGGUAACCAUGGUGACCCGUCCCCGCCCAGCGACGGCUCCCACACCACCACCGAGGGGCACGACCUGGCCGCCACGCCUACUGACUGCGGCGAGCUGGUGCUGGACGGUCCCGAGAGCCAGUACUCGGGGAUGCAGAUCGGGACGCUGCAGGAUGAGGAAGAGGAGGAGGAGGGCGGGGCCGGCACUGGGCCUGAGGAGCCCCCGCGGCCGUUCUCCCAGUCUGCUCUCGCCCUGAGCAAGCCUCACCUGGUGGAGGUCAAAGGUCACAGCCGACAGUCGUCCGACAGCAGCGUGGACCGGCUGGUGCUGAAGGAGGAAGUGCCGGAGUCCGCAGAGCCAGAGAAUAAGCCCUCCAGAGUUAGAGGGGAGAUCGGCCACCCCACAGACCCCCUGGCGGAGCCCCUGGUGCACUGCGUACGGCUGCUCUCCGCCUCCUUCCUCCUCACCGGACAGCGGAACGGCCUGGUCCCGGACGGGGAGGUGCGCGUGAGCGUGAAGACCCUGGCGGUGAGCUGUGUGGGGGCCGCACUCGCCCUGCACCCCGAGGUCUUCUUCUCCAAACUCUACAGGGAGCCUCUACAGGGCCUACUGCCCGACGAGCAGCAGUACAUAAGCGACAUUUUGGGGUUCGUUGAGCACGGGGACCCUCAGAUCCGAGGGGCCACCGCGGUACUGUGUGGGACUCUGAUCCACUCCAUCCUCAAAAAAACCCGCUUCUGCGUCGAACCCUGGCUCGGGAGCGUCAGAAGCUCCACGGGAAACCCCGUCUCCCUGGCGAGCUGCGUGCUCCUGCUGCAGAGGAGCCUGAGAGACGAAUCCUCCGUCACCUGCAGGAUGGCCUGUCUGGGCGUGAGGCGCUGUAUCAUGGCUCUGUGUAACAGCUCUUACGGUGAGCUGGGCCUGCAGCUGCUCAUCGACCUCCUGACCCUCAGGGACUGCUCCUAUUGGCUGGUCCGGACCGAGCUGCUGGAGACGCUGGCUGAGAUGGAUUUUCGAUUAGUGAGUUUCCUGGAGAGGAAAACGGAAAGCUUGCACAGAGGAGAUCACCACUAUACCAGACUGCUGAAGCUGCAGGAUCGGGUCCUGAACGACGUGGUCAUCCACUUCCUGGGAGACGAGGACCCGCGCGUGCGGCACGCGGCGGCCGCCACCGUCAGCAGGCUGAUCCCGCGGCUGUUCUUCGACUGCGACCCGGCGCAGGCCGACCCGGUGGUGGCCAUCGCGCGGGACCACAGCGCCGCGCACCUGAAGCUGCUCAUGCACGAAACGCAGCCCCCGUCCCACUUCAGCGUCAGCACCAUCAGCAGGACGUACCGAGGCUACAGCGUCUCUCAGAACGCCGCGGACGUCACCGUGGAGAACAGCCUGUCCCGCGUGAUCACCGCUGUGUCCCACGCGCUGGCCGCCUCCACCUCCCGAGCUCUCACCUUUGGCUGCUGUGAAGCUCUCUGCCUCCUGUCCUCCGCCUACCCAGCAUGCACCUGGAGCAUUGGCUGGCACUGUGGCUACGUCAGCUCCUCUGGCAGCCAGCCCAAUCGCUCCAGCCUCUACAAGAACAGGAGCCGUACCCACAGUGUGCCCGAGUCAGACUCAGUGGAAGACGCGAAGCGGAGCUGUACGGUGGGCGUGGCCAACAUGGUGCUGUCGCUGCUGUCUUCCGCUUGGUUCCCUCUCGACCUGUCAGCGCACCAGGACGCCUUGCUAUUGGCUGGCAACCUCCUCGCAGCUGUGGCCCCCAGGUGUCUGAGCGGCCCCUGGACGGGGGAGGAGGAGCCCGGCGGCGGCGGUAAGCCGGAGGAGGUGUGGCCUGCGCUCGGCGACCGCGCGGUGGCUGCCAUGGCGGAGCAGCUGUUCUCCCACCUGCUGAAGGCCGUCAACGUCUGCGCCCACGUGCUGGACGAGGCCGCGCCCGGCCCCGCCGCCAAGGCCACGCUCCCCUCCCUGUCCAACACCCCCUCCCUGAGCCCCAUCCGCAGGAAGAGCAAGGAGAAGGAGCCGCCCGAACCCGCCGGCGCCCCCAUGAGCCCGAAGAGGAGCGGCGAGGGUAACCCAGCAGGCCGAGCUGCAGACACUGCGGGAAACGCCACUCUGAAGUCCACCACGCUGGGAAGCUUCUACCACCUGCCUCCCUACCUGAAGCUGUACGAGGUCCUGAAGGCCACGCACGCCAACUACAAGGUGACGCUGGACCUCCACAGCGGGGGCGAUAAGCUGGGCAGCUUCCUGCGCUCGGCGCUGGACGUCCUGUCCCAGCUGCUGGAGCUGACCACGCUGCAGGACAUCGGAAAGUGCGUGGAGGAGAUCCUGGGGUACCUGAAGUCCUGCUUCUCCAAAGAGCCCACCAUGGCGACCGUCUGCGUGCAGCAGCUGCUGAAGACCCUGUUUGGGACCAACCUGGCGUCCCAGUACGACGGGUCCUGGUCCCACCCCAGUAAGGCCCAGGGGAAGGCCCUGCGGCUGGGCUCGUCCAGCCUGAGGCCCGGGCUCUACCACUACUGCUUCAUGGCCCCCUACACACACUUCACCCAGGCGCUAGCCGACGCUAGCCUGCGCAACAUGGUCCAGGCUGAGCACGAGCAGGACGCCUCCGGGUGGUUUGAUGUGAUGCAGAAGGUCUCCAGCCAGCUGAGGUCCAGCAUCACUAACGUUACCCGGCAACGGGGGGACAAGAACGCCAUCCACAAUCACAUCCGGUUGUUUGAGCCUCUGGUGAUCAAGGCCCUGAAGCGCUACACCACCAGCACCUCGGUCCAGCUCCAGCGCCAGGUCCUGGACCUGCUGGCCCAGCUGGUGCAGCUGCGGGUCAACUACUGCCUGCUGGACUCGGACCAGGUCUUCAUUGGCUUCGUGCUGAAGCAGUUUGAGUACAUCGAGGUCGGCCAGUUCAGGGAGUCGAAGGCCAUCAUCCCCAGCAUCUUCUUCUUCCUGGUGCUGCUGUCGUACGAGCGCUACCACUCCAAGCAGAUCAUCAGCAUCCCCAAGAUCAUGCAGCUGUGCGACGGCAUCAUGGCCAGCGGCCGGAAGGCUGUCACUCACGCGAUCCCGGCCCUGCAGCCAAUCGUGCACGACCUGUUCGUGCUGCGGGGCUCCAACAAGGCGGACGCCGGCCGCGAGCUGGAGACCCAGAAGGAGGUGGUGGUGUCCAUGCUGCUGCGGCUCAUCCAACACCACCAGGUGCUGCAGAUGUUCAUCCUGGUGCUGCAGCAGUGUCACAAGGAGAACGAGGACAAGUGGAAGAGGCUGUCCCGCCAGAUCGCUGACAUCAUCCUCCCCAUGAUCGCCAAGCAACAGAUGCUCCUGGACUCCCAUGAGGCCCUGGGGGUGCUGAACACCCUGUUUGAGACGGUGGCCCCCUCCUCCCUGCGUCCAGUGGACAUGCUGCUGAAAAGCAUGUUCGUUACGCCCAUCACCAUGGCGUCGGUGGGGAUGGUGCAGCUGUGGGCCUCUGGGAUUUUGGCCGUGCUCAGAGUGCUCAUCUCCCAGUCCACGGAGGACAUCGUGCUGUCCCGCGUGCAGGAGCUCUCCCUGUCCCCGCUCCUCCUCUCCUGUCAGACCGUCCAGAGGCUCCGGGGGGGCGGGCCUCACACUCCCCCUGCCGAGGAGGAGGAGAAGGAGGAGGAAGGGGAGGGGGAACCACCCCGUCACGCGCCCGAGGAAGCCUUCUCCAGGUUCCUGCUCCAGCUGGUGGGGGUUCUGCUGGAGGACAUCGCCACCAAGAGGGUGAAGCUGGACCUGAGCGUGGAGCAGCACACCUUCUACUGCCAGCAGCUCGGAACCCUGCUCAUGUGCCUCAUCCAUGUCUUUAAAUCAGGCAUGUUCCGGCGGAUCACGGCGGCUGCCACCAGGCUGCUGAAGGCGGAGGGUGGCGAGGCCGGCGGGGGUGGCGGGGGCAGCGGGGGCACCUUCUACACCCUGGAGGGGCUGAACUGCAUGGUGCAGUCCCUCAUCACCACCCACCCGUCCCUGGUGCUGCUCUGGUGCCAGCUCCUCCUGGUCAUCGACUACACCAACUACACCUGGUGGUCCGAGGUGCACCAGACGCCCAGGAGGCACAGCCUGUCCCGGGCCAAGCUGCUGAGCCCCCACCCCUCCGCAGACGGCGAGGAGGAGCGGCCGGAGGCCAGGCUGGCCGUGUGCAACCAGGAGAUCGUCCACCGGGGGGCGCUCAUCCUCUUCUGCGACUACGUGUGCCAGAACCUGCACGAUUCCGAGCACCUCACCUGGCUCAUCGUCAACCACGUGCGUGACCUCAUCAACCUAUCCCAUGAGCCUCCAGUGCAGGACUUCAUCAGCGCCAUCCACCGGAACUCCGCCGCCAGCGGCCUGUUCAUCCAGGCCAUCCAAUCACGCUGCGAGAACCUGUCCACUCCCACCAUGCUGAAGAACACGCUGCAGUGUCUGGAGGGGAUCCACCUCAGCCAGUCGGGGGCGCUGUUGAUGCUGUACAUGGACAAGCUGAUCAGCACGCCGUUCCGCGUGUUAGCGCGCAUGGUGGACACGCUGGCCUGCAGGAGGGUGGAGAUGCUGCUCGCAGAGACGCUGCAGAACAGCACAGCUCAGCUGCCAGUGGAGGAACUGGACCGGAUUCAGGAGCACCUCCAGAACACUGGCCUGGCUCAGAGGCACCAGAGGCUGUACUCCCUGCUGGACAGGUUCAGGGCUUCCGUUGCCGAGGAUACGUGUAGCCCCUCCCCUCCCGUCACCCCACACCCCCUGGAUGGGGAUCCUCCUCCCGCCCCAGAGACCGUCGUGGCCAAUAAGGACUGGUUUGUGCUGCUGGUGAAGUCUCAGUGUUUCCUGCGCACCGAUGCUGCCCUGCUGGAGACCACAGACCUGCUGACCAAACUGCCCCAGGGUGACCUCGCCUCCAUCAUGGCUUCAGCGGAGUUUAACCUGAGCCUGCUGUCCCCGUGCCUGACUGUGGGGGCUCAGCGUCUGUCCCGUGGACAGGGGGGCACGUUUCUGGAGACGUCCCUGCAGGCCAUGCUGGACCGCCUCUCCGGCCUCCUGCAGCUCCUGCCCGUCCCGCACCAGCCCUUCCUGCCCCCCUCCGACCCCGGCCCCACCCCCUCUGCCUACUGGGACAAGCUCGCCGACGUCUGCGGAGAGCCAGGUUUGUACCAGACGGUGGUGAGUCUGUGCAGAGCCCUGGGGCAGUACCUGCUGGCCCUGCCCACGCUGCCCCCAUCCCUGCAGAUCCCUCGAGAGAAGGAGGCCCUGAUCACCAGGUUCACCACGCUGGCCCUGGAGGCGGUGACGUGGUGUGUCCUGCAGGACCAGGCGCUGCUCAGUCUGGACCUGCAGGCGGUUCUGUGCUGCUGUUGCCUGGCGCUGCAGCAGACUCCCCUCUGGAACCUUCUGUCCUCUGUGCCGUACGCGAGCCGCACCUGCUCGCUCGUCCAGUGCGUGCGGCUGCUCGUCUGCGCAGUGGCUGUGGAGCCGGGAGACCAGCUCCUGAGGCCCUCCCGGAGGAGGUCGGCCCGGGACGGAGGCGCAGAGGAGGACCAGGUGGACACGCCUUCAAAAGACAAUCUGUGUGUGAAGAGGGCUUGUGAGGUCAUGUCUGAGCUGGUGGAGAGUCUUCAGAGCAUCCUGGCGGUGGGGCACCCCAGGAACAGCAGGGUCCCCCACUUCCUCACCCCCACCCUGCGCAACAUCAUCAUCAGCCUGGCCAGACUGCCCCUGGUCAACAGCUACGCAAGAGUGCCCCCGCUGGUCUGGAAGUUGGGCUGGUCCCCCAGGCUAAGUGGAGAGCUGGGCACGGUGUUGCCGGAGAUCCCUGUGGAGUUCCUGCAGGAGAAGGAAGUCUUCAGGGAGUUCCUGUACCGCAUCAACAUCCUGGGGUGGAGCAGCCGGACACAGUUUGAGGAAACCUGGGCAACGCUGCUGGGAGUGCUGGUCACUCAGCCAAUCAACACGGACCAGGAAGAGGAGAGCCACCCGGAGGAGGACCUGGAGCGGACGCAGAUCAACGUCCUGGCGGUGCAGGCCAUCACGUCGCUGGUGCUGAGCGCCAUGACGCUCCCCGUGGCGGGAAACCCGGCGGUCAGCUGCCCGGAGCAGCAGCCGCGCAACAAGGCCCUCAAAGCGCUGGACACGCGGUUCGGGAGGAAGCUGCACGUGAUUCGUGGCAUCGUGGAGCAGGAGAUCCAGGCCAUGGUGUCAAAGAGGGACAACAUCGCCACGCCCUACCCCUACCAGGCCUGGGACCCCGUGCCCUCCCUCUCCGCUUCCUGCAGGGGAGUGCUCAUCAGCCAUGAGAAGCUCCUCCUCCAGAUCAACACGGAGAGGGAGAUGGGCAACAUGGACUACAAACUGGGACAGGUCUCCAUCCACUCGGUGUGGCUGGCCAAUAGCAUCAUUCCCCAGAGGGAAGAGGCCUGGGACGAGGAAGAGGAGGAUGAGACUGACAACCCGGGAAUGGGGUCACCCCCCACCUCCCCCUCCAACUCCAGAAAGCAUCGUGCGGGGGUGGAUGUGCACUCCUGCUCCCAGUUCCUGCUGGAGCUGUACAGCCAGUGGAUCCUGCCUGGCAGCCCCAACAGCCGCAAGAGUCCGGUGGUCCUGAUCAGCGAGGUGGUGCGCUCGCUGCUGGCCGUGUCGGACCUGUUCACGGAGCGGAGCCAGUUUGAGAUGAUGUUCCACACGCUGUCCGAGCUGCAGAAGGUCCACCCGGCCGAGGACGAGAUCCUCCACCAGUACCUGGUCCCUGCGGUCUGCAAGGCUGCCGCCGUCCUGGGAAUGGACAGGGUGGUGGCGGAGCCCGUGUGCAGGCUCCUGGAGAACGCGCUGCACAGCACGCACAUGCCCAGUCGCAUCGGCGCCCUGCAGGGGGCGCUCUACGUCCUGGAGUGUGACCUGCUGGAGGAAACUGCCAAGCAGCUCAUCCCCACCAUCAGCGAGUACCUGCUGACCAACCUGCGCACCGUCGCACACUGCGUCAGUCUGCACAACCAGCACCACGUCCUGGUUAUGUGUGCGGCGGCCUUCUACCUGAUGGAGAACUACUCGCUGGACGUGGGGUCAGAGUUCACUGCCAGCAUCAUCCAGGUGUGCGCAGUGAUGGUAUUGGCCAGUGAAGAGGCCACGCCCUCGGGGGUGUACCACUGCGUGCUGCGGGGCCUGGAGCGCCUCCUGCUGUCCGAGCAGCUGUGCCGUCUGGACGGGGAGGCCCUGGUCAAGCUGAGCGUGGACCGGGUCAACAUGCCCAGCCCCCACCGAGCCAUGGCCGCCCUGGGGCUGAUGCUCACCUGCAUGUACACAGGUAAGGAGAAAUGCAGCCCCAGCCGGACGGCCGACGCAGACACUGCGGCCCCCGACACAGAGUCCGUCAUCGUGGCCAUGGAGCGAGUCUCUGUGCUGUUCGACAGGAUACGGAAGGGCUUCCCCUUCGAGGCGCGGGUGGUCUCCAGGAUCCUGCCCCAGUUCCUGGACGACUUCUUCCCUCCACAGGAUGUGAUGAACAAGGUCAUCGGGGAGUUCCUGUCCAACCAGCAGCCUUAUCCCCAGUUCAUGGCCACCGUGGUCUACAAGGUGUUCCAGACGCUGCACGCUACGGGACAGUCCUCCAUGGUGCGGGACUGGGUCCUGCUCUCCCUCUCCAACUUCACCCAGAGGACCCCCGUCGCCAUGGCGAUGUGGAGCCUGUCCUGCUUCUUCGUCAGCGCCUCAACCAGCCAAUGGAUCUCAGCACUCCUGCCCCAUGUGAUCAGCCGAAUGGGCAAGUCGGACGUGGUGGACGUCAACCUCUUCUGCCUGGUGGGCUUGGACUUCUACCGGCACCAGAUCGACGAGGAGCUGGACCGCCGGUCCUUCCAGUCGGUGUUCGAGGUGGUGGCCUCGCCGGGGGGGCCGUACCACCGGCUGCUCCGCUGCCUGCAGGGCGUUCCCCGGGUCACCCCGUUCUGACCGAGCGCCGCCUGGACAGACAGACGGACAGAGGGAGACAGACAGAGAGAGAGGGAGGGCGUCAAAGCCAGAGAAACGCAGGCUGACUGACUGACUGACUGACUGACUGACUGACGGACAGACAGACUGACUG